CCACCACACCACCACCACCAAAAACUGGAGCGCCCUUUGAUGUGCUGUUGACUCGCCUUUGAAGUAAUGUUCCGGGCGAAACGAGCCGCUUUUUCUUCCGUUUUUUUUUUUAAAGAAGCAACGAAAGAAAAACCACAGGACAGCGCGUCGAGUCGUUUUCUGUGUCGCUCCACUUCGUUUUUUUCCCCGACAUUUGUGCGUUUUUCGCGUUUUUAAAAAAGUUAAGAGUAAAGAAAAAUCUCUCAGAAGUAGUGCUCGCUUUUUUUUUUUUCUGGAAUUCCUCCUCCUUCUUCCCACAACACCACCACCAGAUCUGAGACUUUAGUGUACUUUGGGACUGGGAAUGUUUUAGAAGAGGGCUCGUUUAGUCGACAUGAAAGAAACUUAAGACUUAAAAAGAGUGUGAUUUUUAAAGUUAACCCGUGUAGCCAGCGUCGGGAGGUUUAUAGUUGUCCGACACUUGAGCAGCGCGUCACUUGAUAUAAAGUGACAUCUGUAAUGUUGCACAUCAGCCGAUGAUGCAUCUGCUAACAAACUGCUGCGCUCGUGGAAGAAGCAGAUAGCUGGAUGUUAAAGCUCCAGCAGCAGCAGCGAGCGAGCGAGUCAACUCUAUUAACUAUGUCGGUCACGUUUUUCGAUCUUCUCCCAGUUUGUCCCACCACAUCAGUGUCCUACAGGUACUCAGGGGGCAGGCGCAGUUUGACGUGAUUUAGCAGCUAACCCAUGAGAUGUAGAGAGAGAGAGAGAGGGUGAUGGUGGUGGUGGUGUUGGUGGUGUCGGGGAUGGCAGAGAGGACAUGUGCUUGCAUUCUGCAGCGAGCAGCCCCCCUGACAUCAGGCGUGAUGGAUCAGGAAGCGCUAAUAAAGCCGUGUCCGUGCGUAAAGCUCCGGCGUUUUGAAGGAUUAAUGACUUAUUAAUGGUGCUCGGGGUCGUCACCUCGCUUGACACAUAGCCCACCUACGUGUGAAAGCUUCUCGAAAGCGGCGGAUGAUGUAGAUUCGGCUCAGGUGAGAGAGAAGACGGGCAGCCGGAGAGAAGCUCCCCCGCUGACAUAAGAGAGUGAGGAGAUUACAGUAGAGGCUCAGAGGAGGCGAACAACACACAGGCUCUAUCCUGCUGCCUUCAGAGCCAUGAGCCGGGCGCUUAUGGACCAUAUCGCCAGCAGUUUCAGAGAAGAUGCUCCUCGACCCCCGGUGCCGGGGGAGGAGGGCGAGGCGCCCUGCUACCCCGGCAAACUGGCAAUGAUGAAACCUCUGGAGCCCCCCAAGUCAGUUGUGCUCGGCUCUCCGGGCUCCUCGGCGAGGAGGAACGAGGAUGGUCUUGGGGAGCCGGAGGGGAGUGCCUCCCCGGAUUCACCGCUCUCCCGGUGGACAAAGUCUUUGCACUCUCUCCUCGGGGACCAGGACGGUGCUCUUCUUUUCAGGACAUUCCUGGAGCGGGAGAAGUGUGUCGACACUUUAGACUUCUGGUUCGCCUGCAAUGGCUUCAGGCAGAUGGACCUCAAGGAUACCAAAACGCAGAGAGUCGCCAAAGCAAUCUACAAGCGCUACAUCGAGAACAACAGCAUUGUCGCCAAGCAGCUCAAGCCCGCGACUAAAACCUUCAUACGGGAUAAUAUCAAGAAGCAGCACAUAGACUCUGCCAUGUUCGACCAGGCGCAGACCGAGAUCCAGACCAACAUGGAGGAGAACGCGUACCAGAUGUUCCUGACCUCGGACAUUUACCUCGAGUACGUGAGGACUGGCGGAGAAAACCCCAAUCACGUCAACUCGAACGGACUGGGCGACCUGAAAGUCGUCUGUGGAUACCUUCCCACGCUCAACGAAGAGGAGGAGUGGAGCUGUGAUUUCAAAGCCAAAGCGCUGGUUGGACUGACGGCGAAGGCGCAGAGGGCCACCGUGUCCUUGAGGGCGAUGGAGGUGAUGGAAAGAGGAUGCAGAUCAUACAAGAGAGGAGACUCAUUCAGCCCCUGCCACGCGGGCUCCUUCGCCCCCGUCAGCAGCACCAAUGACAGUGAGGUGUCCAGUGACGCCUUGACCGACGAUGCCAUGUCCGUGACUGACAGCAGCGUAGAUGGCAUCCCUCCAUACAAACUGGGCUCCAAGAAACAUCUACAGAGAGAGAUGCAGCGUAACAUGAGGAUGAACAGUCAAGUCUCACUGCCUGCUUUUCCUCGUACUCGCCGUCCUCCAAAGGAGAUGGUCCCAGUGGAGCCAGCAGAGUUUGCAGCCCAGCUCAUCUCCCGCUUGGAGAGCCUGAAGAGAAAACAGGACACCAUUAACUCUCUGGAGGAGAGGCUGCAGCAGAUUCAGGAGGAGGAGGAGCGAGAAGACACAGAGAUUGUGGCCAGUGCUCCCCAGCUCUCUCCCCAUCCCUUGACCCUACUCCCUGGCUCCUCUGACGAGGACCCCCAGGCGAUCCUGGACGAACACCUCUCUCGCGUCCUUAAGACCCCUGGCUGCCAGUCCCCCGCUGUUGUCCGCCACUCACCUCGCUCCACCUCCCCAGACCAGAAGCCCCUCACACGGGCAGGCUUCGGGAUGAAGGCCCUGGUAAGGACGGGGCCCUCCAGUUCCUCUGUGUCGAGUCCUGACCAAGGGGCUAUCGCUCUGGCCUUGGGCCCCAGUAGGACCCUUGUGAGUAGGCAGAGCACAAAACACAUCCACCACCACUACAUCCAUCAUCAUGCCAGUCACAAAACCAAGGAGCAGAUUGAAAGGGAGGCAGCCCUCAGGGUGCACGGCCUGUGCUCCAGCAGUGGCGAGUGCCAGCCCUGCCAGCCUUACCAGCGCAGCCGCAGCUUGGGCAGAGAGAUGUGUGGGGCCAUCUCAGCAGACAGCAGCGUGGGGCGUUCCAGCUCUCUGUCCAGGCGAGUGUGUCGCUCAGGCGCUGAGGACGGAGUUGCAGAGAGGUGUAUGGAGGACUGCGGGCCUGUACAGCUGCCCAACGACACCACAGACCCAGCCCAGAACGUGCUGCAGUGGAUCCUGGAAAGUAAACGGCAAGGCAGGCACAAGUCUCACAGUAACCAGAGCACCAAGAAAUCUUUUGGAGGCUCCUCUACCCAGACGCACACGUGGGGUGGUGGUGGAAGCUGUGGCCACCUACGUAGCCACCAGCCAGCCCAGCCAUUCAUCCAGGACCCAGCCAUGCCUCCCCUGCCCCCUCCCAACACUUUGGCCCAGCUGGAGGAGGCCUGCCGCAGACUGGAGGAGGUCUCCACCAAGACCACCAAGCAAAGACAUUCAGUGUCCAGUCUUCAGCAAGAGAAGAGCCACCUAGUGCCUGUCCAGGCUGAGGGCUCCGUCCCUCCGUCUCUAGCCAAUCCCAGCCUCCUCGCGACCAGUCUACAAUCAGAAGAGAUGAAGGAGUGUAAAAAGGCAGUAGGAAGCCACGGGAUGUGCAGUGGCGAGACAGUGGUGACGUAUUUCUUCUGUGGUGAGGAGAUCCCCUACCGGAGGACCAUGAAGAGCCACAGUCUCACCCUGGGCCACUUCAAGGAGCAGCUCAGCAAGAAGGGCAACUACAGGUACUACUUCAAGAAGGCCAGCGAUGAGUUCGAGUGCGGCGCAGUGUUUGAGGAGGUGUCCGACGACGGCUCCUUGCUGCCCACCUACGAGGGCAAGAUCCUGGGGAAGGUGGAGAGGAUGGACUGAGGACCUGCUUGCAUUGUGGAUUACUCUCCGACGGACGCUUCACGCCUCCAUGGAUGUACUUUUUAAGCUAAGACUGAAGGACUGGAGAUGUUGUUGAAGGAAUGUUGACAAAAUGGAAAAAAGGAAGGAGGACAAGUUAUCGCUAUUACAGGACUACCACGUGAACAGCCCGCCUUGAAGUGAAGAAAAAGAUUGUGUGUUGCUGGACUGAAAACAUCUUUCCAGAAGAGAGAACUCUAGAGACUCUAGGUGAAUGACCACUCCUCAAAGAAGUGGGGCGGUGGGUUAAAAUCUGAGACUGACUGCCUACCUGACCCUGCCCCUAAUAUGUAUACGCAGAUAUACAUGUAUAUUGCAUUGUAUCGUGAUGCUCGUAUUGCUGUGUUAAGAUUUAUAUUGCUAUUUAUUGGAAAUAUCCCUGCCCCGACCCUGUUCUUCUGACAUGGACAAGCUGCUUGGAGUUGGAGAAACUUCUCCAAUUUUCCACAUCCGUGGAAACAUCCCCCCCCCUCAUCUGAGCGUCAGUUCUCAAGCAAAAGGAAAUGAGUUUUCUAUUCAUUUUCUGCCCCUCAUAUUGAACUGUAAACUUCAAAAAUACCUCUUCAAAAACUUCACUCCUGUUCCUGGAGAUUUAGUGGGACAUCUCUGAUCUCUUGGCUGGAGAGCUUACUGCUGAAGCUUUGAGAAUGGCUCUCUUGUCACUUAAAAGUUUGAUAAUAUAUUUACUACUGCAGUGCUAUUUGUGGCUGUGUCCCCAUCUGCUCUGAAGGGCCCUGACUGUACGAUGAAAAAGGAGGAAAAAAAAAAUGCUAUUAAUGUUUAAUUCCCAACUCUGGGAUUCUGCCCAGCUAGCCUUGAUCUGUCGCGUCUUAGUGCCUUUGUUUCAGUGGCGCAGGCAUCGCACAAAUAGCCUACGUAUUUACUAAGAGGAAACUGCCCCAAACAGCUUCCUCGAGUCCCCAAAAUGUGUUUACACCAAUAUUAAUAUUUACCAACAAAAAGCUCUAUAAUGUGCUCCCCAACGUGCUUACCUAUGUGAUUGUGUGGUUGAGUUGCUUUUGAGUAGGGUUUACUCUGUGUGUAUUUGAAGCCUGCACUAUGAGCUGCAGAUGAUAACAAUGGUGAUGAUAUACACUAUGUCCAUAGUGUUUGUAAUUGAGUACAGUAGCUGUGCCUACAUGGAUUCUUGCCGUGUUUUACCCAGUUUUCAGGGUCCUAUUAUUCCCUUGGUUUUUACAGGGGGCCUUAUGUUGAAAAGAUAUUUUUAUGCCUUUUAGUAUCCGUUUCAUCAUGUUUAUGUUUUAUAAUAUUUUUCAUGGCUUCCUCGGCUCCACACUUGUAAACUGUAAAUUAUGCGUUCUAUAGAGCUCAGUUGAAAAGAUGCCUCGGUACUUUAAUUAUUGUAAUUAUGAAGAGAUGUAGCCUUUAUUAAAAUGUUCUAUUUUUCA